AUGCAAUCCAAAUCAGAAGGCGGUGCCGCCGAACACCAAGAGAACAUGGUAGGCCAUGUAACCCUGAAUAAAGAGCCUCAGGGUGCAAUAAAAGCAAUCAAUACUGCGUCUGUGGCUCUUUCUGCGGCUGUUGCAGCUCAACCACCAAAGUUACUGUCAAAGAAUAUGAUAAAACUGUACAUGAUCAUGGGUAUUGGUUACUUGAUUUCGACCAUGAACGGGUUUGACUCGUCGCUUAUGGGUGCUAUCAACGCUAUGAAGCCAUACCAGGAGUCGUUUGGGCUCACCGGUGCAGGUUCCUCGACCGGUUUGAUUUUCAUUAUUUAUAACCUGGGACAAAUCGCCGCCUUCCCUUUCUGUGGUCUCCUAGCCGAUGGUUAUGGUCGUAAAGUUUGCAUCUUUGUUGGAUGCUUCAUCGUCUGGGUCGGAACCGCUGUUCAAGCGCCCGCAAAGAGUAUGGGAAUGUUCAUGGGAGGUCGUUUCCUCCUCGGAUUUGGUGCUGCCCUCGCUUCUGCUGCAGGACCUGCUUAUACUGUUGAGCUAGCCCAUCCGGCAUACCGUGGAACGAUGGCCGGUAUGUAUAAUAACUUCUGGUGGUUGGGCAACAUUCUUGCUGGAUGGACGACCUACGGCAGCAACCUGCACCUUAACAAUUCCUGGGCAUGGAGAGUCCCUACCAUUGUUCAAGCCGGUUUGCCAGGAGUUGUCCUGGUUUUGAUUCUAUUCUUCCCGGAGUCUCCUCGUUGGCUCAUCGCCCAGGACCGCCGGGAGGAGGCACUUGAUAUACUUGCAACGUAUCAUGGUGAUGGGGACCGCCAUCACCCUGUUGUUCAACUUCAGUACCAUGAAAUCAUCGAGCAGCUCAGCGCCACCCGAGACGAGAACCCCUGGUGGGACUUCCGCGAGCUAGGCAACACCCGUGCUGCACGGUAUCGCUUGUUCAUGGUCAUUACGAUGUCUUUCUUCGGUCAAUGGAGUGGCAACAAUGUUGUGAGCUAUUUUAUGCCGCAAAUGAUCAUCCAAGCCGGCAUAACCAGCCCGGACAAGCAACUGCUCAUCAACGCCAUCAACCCAAUCUUUAGCAUGUUGGGCGCUAUCUAUGGUGCUACGCUCCUGGAUAAAUUGGGCCGCCGUACCAUGCUACUGUGGGGUCUUGCAGGAAGUCUGGUCGCCUAUGUCAUGCUUACUGCUUUCACGGCGCAGAGCGAGUAUCAUCCAUCUCUCAGCUACGGAGUCAUUGUUUCAAUCUACCUCUUCGGCAUCAUUUUCGCAUGGGGCUUCACGCCGCUGCAGACGCUCUACGCAGUGGAGUGUCUUGAGAACCGAACUCGUGCCAAGGGAUCUGGUCUUAACUUCUUGUUCUUGAAUGUUGCCAUGGUUGUCAACACCUACGGUAUCUCGGUGGGUAUCGAGAAGAUCGGCUGGAAGUUGUACCUGGUCUACAUCGCUUGGAUUGGUAUCGAGAUGGUCGUUAUUUAUUUCUUCUUUGUCGAAACCGCUGGAAAGACCUUGGAAGAGCUGAAGGAGAUCUUUGAUGCUCCGAACCCACGGAAUGCCAGCAUGAAGAGGACGAAGGUUGAGAUUGAUGAAUCUGGUGCCGUUGUCGGAUUGGAGGCAUAA